UACUUCCUGUGCGAAGGCGGCGGGCGGGCUCGGCCGCGGGCCCCAUCGCCAGUGUCGGCCUCUCGGCGGCGGGGCGGCGGCGGAGGAGGAGCCGGGGAGGCUGUCAAAUUCGGGACCGGGUGGUGCCCGGCCCCUGGCGAUCCCUUCCGCUUCCCCGGCCCCGGCGCGCCAUCCGCGGGCCGGGACCUGCGCGCGGAGGGAAGAUGGCAGUGCUCAAACUCAGCGACCAGCCGCCACUGGUCCAGGCCAUCUUCAGCGGCGACCCGGAGGAGAUCCGCAUGCUCAUCCACAAGACGGAAGACGUGAAUGCUCUGGACUCGGAGAAGCGCACUCCGCUGCACGUGGCCGCAUUCCUGGGAGAUGCCGAGAUCAUCGAGCUCCUGAUUCUUUCAGGAGCUCGUGUGAAUGCCAAGGACAACAUGUGGCUGACCCCGCUGCACCGAGCCGUGGCCUCCAGGAGUGAGGAGGCAGUGCAAGUGUUGAUUAAGCACUCGGCUGAUGUCAACGCGAGGGACAAGAACUGGCAGACCCCGCUGCACGUCGCCGCCGCCAACAAGGCUGUGAGGUGUGCAGAAGUGAUCAUUCCCCUGCUGAGCAGCGUCAACGUGUCUGACCGCGGCGGCCGCACGGCCCUGCACCACGCCGCUCUCAACGGCCACGUGGAGAUGGUCAACCUACUCCUGGCCAAAGGGGCGAACAUCAAUGCCUUUGACAAGAAGGACCGGCGGGCCCUGCACUGGGCAGCGUACAUGGGCCACCUGGACGUGGUGGCGCUGCUCAUGGACCACGGCGCGGAAGCGACCUGCAAGGACAAGAAGGGCUACACCCCCCUGCACGCCGCAGCCUCCAACGGACAGAUCCACGUUGUCAAACAUCUCCUCAAUCUGGGGGUGGAGAUCGAUGAAAUCAACGUCUAUGGGAACACGGCGCUCCACCUGGCCUGCCACAACGGGCAGGACGCUGUGGUCAACGAGCUGACCGACUACGGUGCCAACGUGAACCAGCCCAACAACGGUGGCUUCACCCCUUUGCAUUUUGCUGCUGCCUCCACCCACGGUGCUUUGUGUCUGGAGCUGUUAGUCAACAACGGGGCGGACGUUAACAUCCAGAGUAAAGAUGGCAAAAGCCCGCUGCACAUGACAGCCGUCCACGGCAGGUUCACACGCUCGCAGACCCUCAUUCAGAACGGAGGAGAAAUCGACUGCGUGGAUAAGGAUGGCAACACUCCUCUCCAUGUGGCUGCAAGAUACGGCCACGAGCUUUUGAUUAACACCCUAAUCACCAGCGGAGCGGACACAGCCAAGUGUGGGAUCCAUAGCAUGUUCCCCUUACACUUAGCUGCCCUGAACGCUCACUCCGACUGCUGCCGGAAGCUGUUGUCGUCGGGACAAAAGUAUAGCAUAGUGUCCUUGUGUAGUAAUGAGCACGUGCUGUCUGCAGGCUUUGAAAUAGACACCCCAGAUAAAUUCGGAAGAACGUGCCUUCAUGCCGCUGCUGCAGGAGGUAACGUGGAAUGUAUAAAACUCUUGCAGAGCAGUGGAGCGGAUUUCCACAAAAAGGACAAGUGUGGGAGGACCCCUUUGCACUAUGCAGCUGCGAACUGCCACUUCCACUGCAUCGAGGUCUUAGUGACCACGGGGGCCAACGUGAACGAGACCGAUGACUGGGGCCGGACAGCUCUGCACUACGCCGCGGCUUCCGACAUGGACAGAAAUAAGACCACCUUAGGAAAUGCCCACGAAAACUCAGAGGAACUCGAAAGUGCCCGCGAGGCGAAGGAGAAAGAGGCUGCCCUAUGCCUCGAGUUUCUGCUUCAAAAUGACGCCAACCCAUCUCUCCGGGACAAGGAAGGUUACAAUAGCAUCCACUACGCGGCUGCCUACGGCCACAGGCAGUGUCUGGAAUUGCUUUUGGAAAGAACCAACGGUGGUUUUGAAGAAUCAGAUCCGGGUGCUACCAAGAGUCCACUCCACUUGGCUGCCUACAAUGGGCACCACCAGGCCCUGGAAGUGCUCCUGCAGUCCCUGGUGGACCUGGACAUCCGGGACGAGAAGGGCCGCACCGCUCUGGACCUGGCUGCCUUCAAGGGCCACACGGAAUGCGUGGAAGCGCUGGUCAACCAGGGGGCAUCCAUCUUUGUGAAAGACGAUGUCACCAAAAGGACCCCACUUCACGCCUCAGUGAUUAAUGGUCACACCCUGUGUUUGCGGCUGUUACUAGAAAUCGCAGACAACCCGGAAGUGGUUGACGUGAAAGAUGCCAAAGGACAAACCCCACUGAUGCUGGCAGUCGCAUAUGGACACAUUGAUGCGGUCUCAUUGUUACUUGAAAAGGAAGCAAAUGUAGAUGCUGUUGACAUCAUGGGGUGCACAGCUUUGCACAGAGGGAUCAUGUCGGGUCAUGAGGAAUGUGUGCAAAUGCUGCUGGAGGAAGAAGUCUCAAUUCUCUGCAAAGAUGCCAGAGGGAGGACCCCCUUGCACUACGCCGCGGCCCGCGGCCACGCCACGUGGCUGAGCGAGCUGCUGCAGAUGGCCCUGUCGGAGGAAGACUGCUCUUUCAAGGACAACCAGGGCUACACGCCGCUGCACUGGGCUUGCUACAAUGGUAAUGAAAACUGUAUAGAGGUACUUUUGGAGCAGAAAUGUUUUCGCGAAUUUGUCGGCAAUCCCUUUACUCCACUGCACUGUGCGAUAAUAAAUGACCAUGAGAAUUGUGCGUCACUGCUGCUGGGGGCCAUCGAUUCCAGCAUUGUCAAUUGCAGGGACGACAAAGGCAGGACGCCGCUGCACGCCGCAGCCUUUGCGGACCACGUGGAGUGCCUGCAGCUGCUGCUGAGACACAGCGCCCAGGUGAACGCGGCCGACAACACGGGCAAGACGGCGCUGAUGAUGGCCGCGGAGAACGGGCAGGCGGGCGCCGUGGACAUUCUGGUGAACAGCGCCCAGGCUGACCUGUCUGUGAAGGACAAGGAUUUGAACACACCCUUGCAUUUGGCGUGUAGUAAAGGUCAUGAAAAAUGUGCCUUGUUGAUACUUGACAAGAUACAAGACGAGAGCCUUAUUAAUGCCAAAAACAAUGCACUGCAGACGCCCCUGCACGUCGCUGCGCACAAUGGCCUGAAGGCCGUGGUGGAGGAGCUGCUGGCCAAAGGGGCCUGCGUCCUCGCUGUCGAUGAGAACGGUAUUGGAAUUAGCAGCCCAUGCCCAUUGCUCAGAAGUCAUACCCCGGCCCUGGCUUGCGCUCCUAACAAAGACGUGGCUGACUGCCUGGCCCUCAUUUUGGCUACCAUGAUGCCUUUUUCUCCUUCCAGUACAAUGACGGCUGUCAACUUGGUUUGUUUUAAAAAAGACAAUUUGAACAGGACGACCCUCUCCAACCUGGGUAGCAUGGUUAGCCUGUGCAGUAACAACGUAGGCUCGGAGGAUGGGUACAAUGAGAACGACUCUGAUUCGGAAACCUUUUGACCUCGGACUGUAGACGUUUGCCCUUGGUCGGCCCUGUUGGAGGAAGGGGAAGAAGCUCGGAUUCCGGGUUUAGGUCGUGUUCCAGUGUUAUUACGGGCCCGAGCUACCAGAAGCCGGUAGAGAAGGGAUUCAUUCACCAGACUGAGGGAGGGCAGCUAGGCCGGAGGACCAAGCACUCACACGGAUGGGCCCUGCUUUUGAUCUGUCUCAUGCUUUCCUUAGCUCUAAGAGACUUCUGUGAAAGUCUACCUCUCAUUUUAAAGAAGGAAUUAAAAAAAAAAUGCAUUUAAUUCUUUUUCUUUGGGGAUAAUGCACUGAGAGGGAACUGUUGUCCCCUAUAAAGUAUGGUGUGUGUUUUUUUAUUUUAUUUGUUUUGUUCACAUUUGUUUUGUCAGAAGUUGUAUCAUGCAUGUCCCCAGGGGGGAAGGGGAGGCAGGGGCAGAUACGAAAAGCCUCCAACCUCCUCUCCCUUUGCUGUUUACGUCCUCACUAGAACCCAAAGGCAAACGUGUUUCUCUCUGGAAAUCAUGCCUGUAGUCAUCUUUCUAAGGGAGACCGAUGAUCCGUGUCCUCCCUCGAGUGAGCCCUUCAAUAGCCAGGACUUCUUCCCGAGGCUAUUUGUUGAAGUUGCCAAAUGAAGGAGAAAAACUCAUUGAAAACAGGACUUGCUUGUUUUUCCUUUAACACAAACACGGCGCCCACUGCUCCCCAUAACAAGCCUGUGGCUUAUGCCCACCCGAGCGAUGGCAUCCAGGGCUGUCUGGUACCCUGCCGGGGAAAGGCAGAUGGCACCCACACCCGGAGGCCUAUGCAGGUUUGCUGUGGAACUGCCCUUACUGAUUCAUCCUUAGACAGAACAGAACUUCUAAAGAACAUCGAGACCAUCGGCCUUGUUCAUCGAUAGUAAAAUAUUCCAGGGGCUUCUCAGUUGAGGUCGGGCCAAGUGAGGGCCAGUGUGGCUGCAGCAGGGCACAGAGAGAGGCAGAGCAGGUGGCAGGAGUGGGGGAUGUGGAGAGGAGAGCCCGUGGUAGUUGCUCGCUGAUGAAAUCAACCUGGUGAACCCUGUGUCUGCUCCCUCUGCCAAAGCUUCUAGGUCCAACGGACCCCGCCCCGCCCCGGGAAUAGCUGCACAAAAAGAAGAAUGAGACUCUUCCAGAACCGUUCACACACACACGUGCACACACAUGUAUAUAGUUCUGUCUGUAUCUCAUCAACCAGCUCUACAGGAGGACCAAAAUGCUUCCGUCGAGAAUGGAAGACUUCACUGGUUUUUCUUCGCAGUGAAAGUGAGACCUGAAGUAGCUUUUCUAUGGAGUUAAAAUGGAAUCUUUUUGCGUAAGAGUCUUUGUUGUAUUUUAUAUUUCUUAUGACAGAGAUUUCCAGUGGAUGGCUUACCAUUUGUAACGGAUGAUGUGUUGACGACGGCUUAUUUUUUAUUUUUUAUGUUUUUUGCCAGACUAGAGGAAAUGUUCAUAUACUUUUGAUGUAAAUGUGUUUAUAUUUAUUGGAAAUGAAACAAAUGCCGAGGGAGCGUCCUUUGUUCGUUCUCCCUUUUCAUUGCUGUGUGUCUUACUUGGAAAAACAAAGAAGCAGAAAACACACAGGGCCCUCCCUCGGCCGGCCAGCAGCCCUGGGCCAUGCCCGGCAUUUCCACUGCUAAGGCCUCAGCGGAUCCUCAUGAUCUCCCACGUGGACUGGAGAGGGCACAGCACCCAUCACUCAGCCCCAGUCUGUGGCCAACCUAGAGCUUAGAAGACAUUGGAGUCCUUCUGCUCUUCUGCCAGAUGAACCUGAAGUGCGCUGUGGAUCAUAUGCACAGACGUGGCCAAAAGAAAAGUCCAGAAAUGAUCCCAAAUGCCCUGAAAUCCCACGUGGUCCCAGUAAACUCCUGGGAAACUGCAUCAGUGGGUGGACACUUGUGCCAAGAGAAGAAAUAACAAUCACCAGCUCGCGCUAUUCCCACUGGGGGAAGGAAGUGUUGUGUGAGGGGAGGACCAACCAUCUGAUCACUGGGUCCCUUUCACCCUGGAAACUGCAGUUUCAUCGUGUCUGUGAGAUAUUUUUACAACAGCGUUCGACCGUAUCUGGAUCAAAUACAGAUUCCGUAUUCUGUUUCUCAUCUAACUGCAAGAGACUUAGUCUCGCUCUUUUAAUACCCGGAUUGAGUGAGAAGCUCACGUUGGGUUCUUCACGGAGGACAGCUUGUCCGGAGGACUUCCAUCAUUGUGUUUGCAUCCCCCUCCUCCCUCUGUCCUUUUUGUUUGUUUAGAGAAGGUGAAUUCUUUUGCAGCAGGUAAAUUGCUCAUGAGUAAUAAUGACCGCACAGUUACCAAAACCCUGAGCAUGAGAGAGAGCCAAUGCUGAGAAGCACGACACACUGCGGUGUCUUUUUCUAGAAAUGAAUGGAAAUCUUGCUCCAUUGGCGUAGAAAGCAGGCAAAGAGACGGCCGCUUCAGCGGUGGCCCAGCGGUGACAGGGCCCCGCGGAGCCUCACAGAGGGCAGGAGCGCCACAGCAGGAUGCAGGCCUGGACCUCAUCUCCACGGAGCUGCUUUUGACUCCCGCCACCCCUUCCUCACAGAAGGAAGGCAGACAAAGGAGCAACACGAAGUCAUGCUUACUCUGAACGGUUCCUUGAAUCCCUCUCUCCUCUUGCUCCCUCCCCCCUCCCCCCUGCCCCUGGCCAAUUCUUUUCCUCUGAGAAAUGACUUUAAAAACUCUGAGUUCUGUAUCUGUCAAGUACAUCUCUUAGAGAUAACAUUAGAUUUGCAACAUAGCUUUCUAAGAAAAAAACAAAACAGAAAACAUCGUGCUUUUCAUUGAGUCUUAGCCGGUUAGUGCUUUUUACCUACAUGUGUUCUUUUUCGACUCGAUUUUAACCACAGCCACAGGGAUCGUGUUUCAUUGCACUUCACCUGUUCGCCAGCGUCUGCCUGUCCGUGGUAAAUACAUUACUGUCUCCACAUUGCCUAAAAUCUGCUACGAUUCUACAGUAAAUAGCUCAGGGGAUUUCUAUGUAUCACUACUAAAAGGGCACCAUAGUAUGUUUUGGUACUUUAGGCAGUACACAGCUACUUGAUUUAUUAUUUUGUUAUUAACUUAGAGCAAGAAUAGCACAUGGAUUCGCUGCACUAGUUAUGCUUUGUACUGUUGAGCAACUCGGUUUGCUUGUCUGUUGUGUUGGUUGAAGAACUCAUCCCCUUUUUUUCCCUUUUGUCUUGUACUAUGAAGGUAGAGUGCCUUUUUAUAUCUGUAUAUUCUGAAAAUGUUCUGUGAAAUGUUUUGUAUUUUUUUCACUUGAGUGUUAUCAGAGCAAUAUAAUACAAGUGAGUUUUCAUUUCAGCCUUUCUUUGAAUGUAUAAAGUGUCUUUUUUUUUUUCCUAGUUCCCCUUUUCCCUGCUUUGAAAUGGAAAUGGGUAAGCUGAAGUGUUCUCUAGGAGUUCUGUUUGAUUUUGCAGUGCUAAAAUGCUUUCUUCUUACCAAACCGUAAACCAUAGGUCAGUGUUAUAGGGGGAAAGCGUUUCAAGAUAGUGACAAUCUGAGUGUGUGUACACAAUGUAAUUCUCCGCGUUCCUUAUGCAGUGUUCUAAAAGCUCAAUGCAAGUAUAUUUGGGUUGGUAGUGUGUCUACAUGUUUUAUGCUUUAGCAUGUGCAAUAUAUCUUUGCGAAGCACGAUGAUACAGAUCUGGUGCCAGUGUUCUAUUUUGCCUAAUAUAUUUGUAACAGCAUAAAAUAUUGUUUGAUGAUAUCAGUGGGAUUUUGUCUGUAAUGUUUUCUUAUGUAAAUUGAGGUUGAAUGACUCUGGUAAAUGCCAUGACUGUAAAAAUGAGGGAAAUGACUGAGUUCAGUGAAUGACUUUGAACCAAUCUGAAUCUUCUCAAGCACAGUUUAAUACUUUUUCAACUACUGAAUGCUAAUAAUGUAAUGACGUACUUAACUGUAAUAUACUAUGGACAUGCAUUCAGAUGGUUAUUUUUACAAAUAAAGACGGUACAAAUAUUGUUGCAA